AUGGUAGUACGAACUAGUGUCGAGCCCUUAUCGGGUGAUAUUCUUGAAAGAAUAAUAAACUACUGUAACACACACUACCAACCUCCUCCUCCCGCACCAGCUCGUACCGAGGAUGAGAUAAGGGCUCUCGAGAACUUUGACAAUGAAUUUGUCAAUGUGGACUUUCAAACUCUAAAAGCGCUUGUUCAGGCAGCGCACUAUUUGGAUAUCCAGGCCCUGCUUGAUCUCACAGUGGAAACUAUGAAAUGGAGGGUCGACACUAAUUCAGAAGCAUUCAUUAGGCAGAAUUUUCCUCACUUUCAGUAG